AUGCCUGCCGGUCCCGACGGCCCUACCCAAAUCGGUACUCGCAAGUGCGAGAACGUGAAGUGUGGCCGAGGCACUGAAACUGGCGGGAAACUCAUGAAGCAAUGCGCUGGAUGUUCAUCCGCGACGUACUGCAGCAAAGAAUGCCAAAAGGCAGCAUGGCCAAUGCACAAGCCGUGUUGUCGCUUAAUCAAGCGGAACGCGGAGGUCCUCUCCAGCCUGGAUGAAGAUGCGCAACGCUUCGGAUACGAGUCUUCCAUAACCUUCGCGCAGGCGAUGCACGAGUACACUGAGGCGCACCAAUGGGCCGUCUACAACAUGAUACUCGCUCACAUCCUGUUGAAAAGCGGCCCAAGCAUGGCUAUCGCUCAGCGGGAACCUAUCGGCGCGGUCAUGCUGCGAUUUCUCCUGGUCUGCCAAUCGACUCCAGCGACGCCGCGCUCGCAACGCAACCCUGCGACCACAUUCAAGGUCGUCGAGCACGGAUUUAUGCGCAUGGACUACUACGCCACCGGCCCCGCGCGGAAUGCACGGCUCUGCGCGGACAUGAUAAAGGAGUGCCAAACCUACCACGAAAAGAACUUGAGAUCGAAGACCCUCGGUCCGUUCUACGUCGGAGUCAUUCCCAUCGUGUACACCACCUCCGAAGUAUGCGUCCAGCACAUCACCCUCUUUCCUGUGUUCCGACCACCGAACAACAUCAACAUGGACCCCUUGGUGAAGCGCGUCCUCCACGACUUAAUUCGCUACUGCGUGUACACGAUGGACAACGGCUUCCCGCUCCGCGCGGUCGACCACAGCAUCCAGCCGUACUACGCCGUCCCGGGGCGUUUCACGCGCUCGAAGGAUAAGCAGUGGAUAUGGGAGGCGCUGUUCGAAGAAUGGGCCGAAUAUGAGGACGGGCGUACGCACUGCGGUCGCCUUCCGGGGAUGGAGGAGCUGGGACUAGCGAUGUCCCCCGGCGCAUUGAUGAACCUCUACACCGCGUUCUGGGUGAUGAAGACUGCUACCGUUGUGAGUCUCAACCUGCCAACCAAGUACUCUGUCUAG